AGGCGCCUCUGGCCUUGCUUGAUAUGCCGCGCAGCAUCACUCGCCGCCUGCUUUAGGCUCGGGAGAGCCCCUCACCUCAACUCGCUUCACCCAGCGCACUGUCCGCACCGCUUGAGAAGGAGUGAGGGCGUCAUUCUCUUUUCAUUUUUCUCUUUUUUUUUCUGCCUCUCCUACGAGAUUUCCGUAUUGGGCGCCUACGUUUUUCUUCUCCCUUUGUCAGUGGGUGCUCUGUGCGGGGCAAGGGUGAUACGGCGCGCCCGCGCGGUGUUCGUCACAGACGCACGGCAUAAAGAGGCCGCUGCACCGGUGGCCAUCCUCAUCUGAGCACCGUGCUCUGAGAACACAACAACGCCGAGCCUACUCACAGUCACCGGCGCCAAAGUGUUUGAGCGCGAACGAGUGCCGACUCCCAUUCAGAGACGCCUGUUCAUCGGUGUUCCGAGCGGCUGACCGUGAUACUGCGGGCAUCGUAUCCUUAGACCGGCGUCCACCUCGUUUAAGCGAACAGGAAGCAGGAGAGCCGUGUCGGCGUCGAGCGACUUCAUGGAGCUGUGCGGACUGCGCCACGCGCCCAGCUGGCUGCUGGUGUUCUCCCUGACGGUGACCGGAGUGCUGCCGCAGUUGUUCCCGAUCCAGACCUGCGCCUACAACGACCCCCGCCACAGCAUAUGUCGCUUCAGACCCCUGGCAUGCCCCGGCAAGCAGCUGCUACGUUCGGGAGGAGUGACCAAGGCCCAGCAGGUCCACAUCGUGGACCUGCACAAUCAGCUCAGGGCCUGGGUUGCCGGUGGAUACCAGAGCGGCCUUCCCGCUGCAGCUAACAUGAGGGCGCUGAGUUGGGACGAUGAACUGGCGACUAUCGCUCAGCGCUGGGCCGACCAGUGCACAGACGGCCACGACAAAGAAAGGAGCGUCAGCCGCUUCCACGUGGGCCAGAACGUGGCGCUAGUCUGGACGUACGACUUCGAGGACGACCUGCAAGACGAGCCGGACUGGGACUCGCAGGUCUACGCCUGGUACAACGAGGCCACAGAGUUCCACUUUAAGUCGGCCUCCAUCAGCCCCUUCAGGUUCAGCAAGAAGCUCGGACACUUUACGCAGCUCGUAUGGGCCGACACGUACAAGGUUGGCUGCGGCUACGCCUACUAUCGCCAGAGUGUCCGGGGCCUGACCAAGAUCUACGUGUGCAACUACGGACCCGGCGGUAACAUCAUCGGUGGUGCCAUGUACGAGCAGUCGCCGGUCGCCACGUGCAGGCCAGGUCUUGUGCCAGCAGUCGGCACCUACAGCGGGCUAUGCGACAAGGACCCAUACUACGUGGGCGACGACGAAAACGAAGACCUCGAGGACACGUUCGGCAGCAGCGCGACCCACGUGGUGUCCAGCAGCCCCUUCCAGACGUCGUACCAGACGUUCCUGCUGAACCACCCCGCUGUGCACUCCAUCUCCGGCACGGUGCCGUCCUCGACGAACUAUUUCCUGCUGGGCCGAAUCCGCAGGACUUCGCCGGGAAAGCAGAAACGGAACUCCACUAGCACUUUCGCCUAAGGCAUUCCCGCUUGCACCCACACUCCGCGAAAAGGGGCACACACCACCACAAGCUGCGCAUGCGCUGCACUCGUUACGAGCUAGUUAUCGCAUAUAGGGCAAUAACCGAAUGAGUUACUCGGAAAGGCGGAAGGCGGAGGAAGUUUCAUGCAUAAAAAACUGACGCCUCUAUCGGCGACAAUGAAAAGAAGUGCUCUAUACUCAAGAGAACUCACCCGCCUUCCUCGCGCAGUAGAAUUGACAGGAGCUUCGAUACACUUUGAAUGGGACGGUGCGGCAUCGGGACGUUCAUAUGAUAUAGCAAACGCACGGCGCAGUUUCUAUGUUGGCGCUGUAAGCUUAUCGUUUUCUUGUCCUCUAAGUGAAGGUAAGAGCGAGUGGAGAGAGAGAAAAGCCAGAAGGGAAAGGCAGGGAAGUUAACCAGGCUGAGCUCGGUAGGCUAUAUACCCUGCACUGGGGAAGGGGGAAAUGGGAUUGAAAGAAGAGAAGGGAGAGAGAAGUGGAGAGUAACAAACAAGGGUGUUGUAUCGAAUUGACAAAUCGGGCAAAGCACAACAGAGAUGAGCCGGUGCUCCUGUGCAACUCAAAUCGUGGCUUUGUCUUUGCCUUCGAGCUGCCGUUCAAAAAUAAUGACGCUAUACUGUGGCUGUUCUUGCAUAAUUAUAUACUUUGCGGAAAGCACGACCACUAUAAUGUUAUAAAGAAAAAGACAACGAGAAGGCGAUGACCGGUGUUUAGUUGCACGUGUGCUAGCAUGCCGGCAUCUGAUAUGCUUUCACAUGUGCUUAUGUCAGUAUGUUACUCGAUGCCUAACUACGGACGUCUGCUCCGCCGUGAACAAUUAAGGUUUUCGAAUUCCGUCACGUCUGCAGCGCAGGCGCAGCUAUAGCCUUUCGCGGCACUGAUCAAUUUCAAGUGUUCCGUGCGUAAACAAGUCGCAGCUCUCACUUCCAGAAAGCGAAAAAAAGAAAAGAAAAAAGAAACAAAGCAUUGCCGAGUUACGACAUUUGCGAAGAGCAACUUAAGUCAUGGCGGUGAUAAGCAGAGGCGAUACUGCCUUUUCACUUCAAGUAUAUAUAGACGGUUUCAUGCUCGCGAUAACAGCAGCGAGCGUGCCGCCCCCAAGAAACUUCCGGGUCACGUGCCUUAUCAGUCUGCUAUGUUUUAACACAUGCUUGCUUCUUUGCCAGUUACAUUUAGCAGCUACGUCAGUGGGGGAAACCGGAAGCCGUGCAGGGCCUAUGUUUGUAAUCAGUGAAAAGGUCUAUAGCAUCCAACUCGCCAAAGGCCUUACACCGUUUUGCUCCCCUGCUUGUCUGUGAUACGUCUCAAACGCAUGAGCGGCUCAAUAAAAUGACGGAGCAAGUAACCUUAAGUGUAAAAAAAAAACAGAAAGAAAGAAAAAAAAAACGAUAGAUAGUAUUUUCUUGGUCUAUGCAGGGUAAACGAAUGGCUACCGCAAAAUUAAGGCGUUAUUAAUUGUUAGUGGACAUCACGUAGAUUCAGUAGCGCCCAAUACUAAAAUCAAGGCGUUCAUUAAAACUUUUUGAAGUGCACACGUAUGUGAUCAUGCUGUCGAUACGGCUCAACGUUAUUACAGAUGACCAGAUAACGAAAAUAGCGACGUUGUGGCGCCCACUAAGAGUUUCAUGCCUCUUUUUUUUUUAUUCCUUUGUUGUUGUUGUUUUGUUUUCUUUCCUUCAACACUUCUUUGAAGCAUCGUGUGCACGUUCGUUGAGAAACAGUCAUGUGACGACCACAUUCUCAUGUUGUGUAAAUAUACGCUUUCCCACAUCACCCGUUCUCUGUGUUAAAGGCGCACACAAUUUCCUAUACGCGCUGCUCAUGUACGAUAUACGUUCGCAAU